AUCUAUGUAAUCCUCAAGUUUCACGUAGGGAAGAAGCAAGAACAGAAAAUGAACCUAACCAAUCAAAAUACCCAAAAAACCCUCACUCCCAAUCCAAAUUCCAUCCAACAACAACAACCUUGUUCUGUUCCUCCACUCAGCGAUGUUGAUUCUGUCACAAAACAACUCAAGGGUCACGGUUUUUCCGACAAAGAAAUUGGUAUAAUCUUAAACUUAACCCCAUCAUCAUCAUCAUCAAAUGUUCCAUUUUCUCUUGAUUCUCCCAUUCAUGAACCCUUCCUCAAGAGAGGAAUUGAAGGUGAUGAUGAUGAUGAUGAUGAUACUGAUUCUUUUUACAUGGAUCCAUUACCUCAUGAAUCGUAUGCAUCUUCGUCUUCUUCUAAGCGCUUAAAACUCUACAAUUUUUUUGACCCAAAAGGCAAGAAACCACUCAUUGAUGAUAACAACAACAACACCAUCGUUAUCAGUGACAGUGAUGAUGAAGAUGAUCAGAGGAAGGAAAUAACAGAAAAUCAAAUAUCACUGGAUUUGGAUAUUAAUGACUAUAUCAUUACCAAUGAAACUGAAACUAAUGAUAGCGAUGGUGCUGAUGAUGAGAUUCAGACCAACGUGUCAAUUCGUAGAAAUCGGUACAGGAAAUAUAACAAAGACGCUGCUAAGAGAUAUGCAUCACAAAUUCACACUGUUUCUGUGAAUGAAGACGAUCAUCAUGUGGGACAUGAAAUUGAUGAUGAUGUGGAACAUGAAGUUGAUGUUGAUGAUGCUUCUCCAACACCUUUCUCUGAAGCAAUCAAAGCUAUUCAGGAACGAAUUGCGAAAAGCAAGAAAAAAGGGGUUGUUAAGGAAUCCUUUAUUUGGGUUCCGAAAAGAAACGGAGAAGAUUUGGUGAGGGAAAGGUUUAGGGUUCCUUCGUUGCAAGAAAUGUCUCUUAAAAUUCUUGCUAACCAUGCUGAUGGAAUGGUUUCGCUUGAUGGUGUUUCGGAUGAGCUCAAACAAAGGCUUAGCGCGUUGGUAUGUGAUUCGAGAAAAAUGAAUUGUCGCUUUCUUGAACUACUUCUGAGUGGGUUUCCUACUCAUAUUCGGCUUAAAGAUUGCUCCUGGUUGACAGAGGAAGAAUUCACUAAAUGUUUUGGAAUGUUGGACACUUCCAUAUUAGAGGUGCUGCAACUUGACCAGUGUGGACGAGUUAUAACAGAAUAUACAUUACUUUCUACAUUGGCAAAGUCACCAAGCUGCUUGUCUAGAUUGAUUAGUCUAUCCCUCACUGGUGCAUGCCGUCUUACUGAUAAGGGGUUGCAGCUAAUGGUUUCUUCUGCAACAACAAUUAGAUCCAUAAAUCUAAGCCAAUGUUCCCUUCUCACAUAUGCUAGUCUUAAUAUUUUGGCUGAUUCAUUAGGAUCGAUUUUGAAAGAGUUGUAUCUUGAUGAUUGCAUACUCAUUGAUGCUGCACUAAUCUUGUCGGCAUUGAAGCAACUUAAGCAAUUAGAAGUGUUGUCACUAGCUGGUGUUCCAACUGUUUGUGAUAAGUUUAUCAAGAGUUACAUCAUUGCAUGUGGUCAGAAUAUUAAGGAGCUUGUUUUAAAAGACUGUUUAAAUUUGACGGAUGCAUCGAUGAAAGUCAUUGCUACACACUGUCCCGGACUGCAGGCUCUUGAUCUUAUGAACUUAUACAAAUUGACCGAUUUAACUAUAGGAUAUCUUACAAAUAGUUGUCGAGCACUGCGUACAUUGAACCUCUGCCGCAAUCCAUUCAGCGAUGAAGCAAUUGCUGCUUUUUUGGAGUUGACUGGCAAAUCCUUGGAAGAACUUUCACUUAACAACAUUAAGAAGGUUGGCCAACAGACAACCUUAUCACUUGCAAACAAUGCAAAAAAAUUGCAUACCUUAGAUCUGUCAUGGUGUCGAAAUUUGACAGACAACGAGUUUGGUUUAAUUGUGGAUAGCUGUUUGUCGCUAAGGUCACUUAAACUUUUCGGAUGUUCACAGGUAACAGAUGUUUUUCUCAACGGGCACUCAAACUUAGAGAUUCAGAUCAUUGGGUUGAAGUUGUGUCCUUUAUUGCAGCAUAUCAAAGAGCCUAAUCCUAACCAAGGCGCUCUGCGUUAUUCAUCAGCUUCAGAGUAGAUUUUGAUAUUAAUUAAAAUUAGCAUAAAAAAUAAAAUAUUUAUAUGGUGAGAUUUGACACAGCUUUUCAGUGUGUCUUGUAGAAGGCACGGACGACUUUUUCUUAACAUGGUGCUAACUGGUUGAUCGGUAGCUGUAGGUGGAGAAGAGGACAUUUUUCCUUUUUGGAUACAUAGAAAGUUAAAUAUACAGACUAAAUACUUAGCAGAUUUUAUUAUGUACACAGGAUACGUGUACUCUAAAUUCUUAACCUGGAUUGAGAUACAUAAUAGUUUAGAUUUUAUUGCGUACACUGGAGUACCAUUUCCUUCUUCUUGAAGAAAGAAAGCAUAGUCCUAAGUCCUAACCAGGUAUCUCUACUAGUAAGUCACAAAAUUUUGCUAUGAAAUUAACAGAGAUUAAAAUGAAAAGCAUCAAUUUCCAUUUAUGGAUUUCAAAUUACAGGGCUAGCACCAUAUGCUUGGUGAUCUCAACUCUCUUCUUGGUAAUCUAAUUUUUUUAUUUUUAUUUUAUUUUAUUUAUUAUAGGAGUAGUAAUCUAAUUUUCUGAAAUUAGCUACUUAGAACAUUUUGAUCAGUGAAUAUAAUGUUAUAAUUAUUUUUUCUAUUGAAA